CGUCCAAAUUCACCAAUUUUUAAGCUCUUAAUCCUAAUCUCUUGACUCUCACCUUGAGGCAAAGUGUAAACAAACAGAAAAACAAUAGAUUUCAGGUCAGUUGUUUAGUUUGAAUACAAAAGUCAAACAGUCAGUAAUUAAACUAUGGAAAUAAUCAAAUCAAAUCGUGGUCGUUUUAAUUUAGUUUACAAUAACUUUGUUUAUAAUUUGCGUAAUCGAAAUGAUAUUCGUUGUUAUUGGCGGUGUAGUGAAUCAAAGUGUAGUGUUACAGUGAUAACUCAGGAUAUCAACAUAGUCAAGGAACCAACUGAACAUUUUCAUGAUAAACAUUUCAAAAAAAUCGAGAAAAUCAAAUCUCGUGAUCAAAUGAUCGAGGAAAUUAAAAAAUCUCCUAAUCUUUCAAUCAAACAAAUAUUCAAUAAUGUCAGAGAGAAUCGGACAUUGAAACUGAUUGAAAAUAAUGAAGAUAUUUUAAUUGUCCCAAAAUUUCUCAAUCUUAAAUCUUCUUUGUAUUCUAAACGUAAAUCAACUUACCCUUUAAUUGAUAAAAAUAAUUUAAUAAUUCCUAGUGAUUAUCAAUUAACAUUAGAUAAAAAAUCAUUCUUAAUUCAUAAUGAUAAUAACAUGAUAGUUUUCAGUUCGUCUACUUUUCUGACACAUUUAGCUAAUUCUGAUAGAGUUUAUGUUGAUGGUACAUUUUCAUCAGUUCCUAGACAAUUUUAUCAAUUAUUCACAAUUCACAUUCUAAUUAAUAAUAACAUGUUUCCGGCGGCUUAUGCUCUUCUACCUGAUAAAAAAAUGGAAACUUAUCUUCGCCUUCUCGCUAUAAUUAAUCAACAAAUUAGAUUAAGAUUAAGAUUAGUCUUCAACCCACUCCACCUACAUUGCGACUUCGAAUGUGCAAUAAUAAAGGCUUUUACAUCAUUCUUUCCAUCAAUUAAUGUCCAUGGAUGUUACUUUCACUAUUCACAAUGUUUGUAUCGAAAGAUUCAAAAUCUCGGACUAAAAAUUUGUUAUGAGAAAAACUCUGAAUUCAGGCUUCUUUUCAAAAGGUGUAAAGCUCUUCCCUUAAUAUCAUUAGGUGAUUUAGAUGAAGCUUGGUUUUUGAUUAACGAAUUGAAUACAAAUGAAGAUGAAAGAGUUGAUGAAUUUUUGUUUUACAUUCAAUCAACUUGGGUCAAUGAAAAUGCGAUUUUUAAAAGGGAUUCAUGGAAUCAUUUUGGUAACUUUGGAACUCGGACAACUAAUCAUCUUGAGGGAUUUCAUAAUAAGCUCAAUAGCUGCUUCAAUCAUGGCUCACCUAACUUGUUCUCUCUGAUUAAUCAAUUGAGAAGUUUUGAAUUAGAGUUUAGAAUUGAUUUAACUCAUGUGUUAAAUGGUGAAAAAGUUCAUCAAAAAAAUAACAAAUAUAUAAAAAUUAAUGAAAAUUAUAUGAAAUAUCACCACCUUUACACUAACAAUCAAAUCGAUUUGCUAAAUUAUAUUGAUUCAGUUUCCAGAAUAAUGUAAAUUGGGAAAAAUAAAUGCUAAUUAUUUGAGAUGAUUAACUUCUUAGGCUUAAGAGCUUAAAAAUUGGUGAAUUUGGACCAAACCAUC